UUUUGUUUUUUAGCUUGAAAUUCAUUUUACCCAAGGAAGGACAAAUGGGUUUACUAACAAAAACUGGUUAUCAUGAUGGAGUUUUGGGUUUAUUACAAGAAGGGAAGGCUGAUAUGUGCUUCUUGCCAAUGUCGUUGGAUACUCAAAAGGCUCCUGGUUAUUUCACUUCUGUCACAUCAGAAGAAAAGUUCUACAUAGCUAGUACGCGUAAUUUGAACCCCGGUGCAUCAGCAGUUGUUUCCAGUUUAACAUCGAUCAGCGUGGUUCCUUUAUUAUUGGCUGUUCUGGCCAUAUUAAUAUUGGAAUUGAUCGCAGUUAAACACUACAAAAUUGAAGCAUUGGUUACAUCUAUCUACCAAGGUUUUGGUGUAUCAUUGCGUCAGCAUUUUACUCGUCGUUCAUUAUGGCUCUGCUUGAUUCAAAUGCUUAUCCUGAUGUUUCCUGUGUUCAUCUUCAAUGCUGCAUUCAGUACCCAAACUAUUGUUGGAGACAGAGAUUACAAAAUCGAUACAUUGAAAGACGUGGUCAGACAGAAUAAGAUACCGUAUUUUACGGAAGGCAUUUCAGUGUACGAUCUUUUCAAAGGCAAAGUCAACAAAGAUUAUGCUGAUGUUUAUCAACGGGCUGUUUCAAAAGGAUACGGGGAACCAAUGCCAUUAGGACCUAUUCCUGAGUUUGAAAGCUGGGAAAAGAUAGUAAGCUUCGUCUCUAGUAUCGGAAGAAAACUGAUUCCAUUGUUUCUUUCAAAAUCCGAUCUUAUUAAACCCAAUCAAAUGACGUAUUUCUCAGCAAAACCUUUUCACAGUUCAUUAAAGGCUUUGUUUUUCAGUUAUAAUGCCUCCGAGUCCAUUAGAAGAAGGUCUGAUAAGUUGUGAGUAAAUUAAUUAUACUUUUUGUUUUAAAUUCAUCUAAACUUUACUAGCCAAUGUUUAACUUGCGAUUCCUCCAUCUUCACAGGUCUCGUCGGAUA